UCGGAUUUCUUUCCAGUCGUCUCCGAGAUCGUGAGAAGACAAGUCGUUGCUGCCGUUCGCCAUCGCCGCCCCUCGUCCUGCACACGAUACCACAAUGGUCGGGUGUGUGCUUAUUCGUUCCCUACUGGGACUAACGCUGCUGUUCGCGCUAUGCCUGGCAAGUGUGUCAAGUUCCACUUCAGCUGACGAUUCUGAUCCAGUUUCCCCCGCGUCCAGUUCAUCUUCAUCCGAAGACGAUACUCCGGUCCCAUCUGGCUGCGGUGAAGGUUGGUCCGCUUUCAGACAAGGCUGUUACGUCAUCGAGAAAUUCCGCUUGGGAGUGACGUUCCAGACAGCUUAUAGACAGUGUCGCCACCGGGAUUCGGAGCCGGCGGAGCUCAGAACACGUGAAGUCCAUCAGCUAGUGGCCGAACUGUCCAAGUCGGAAAACAGCUGGAUCGGUCUCACCGAUGUGCGUCGGGCUCCUACCCCACAACAGCCUAUUCCUUACUGGAUCUACGGCAAGCGUACACUGGAGGGAUCCAGCUAUCAGCCGAGAAUCGAAACCGCCUUCUACCAGCAAUGGAAUGGUCAGACCUGCUUCUACAUGAAUGGAACGGGGAGCAUCGUCACCAGCAAAUGCACAAGACAGGUCCGGGCGGUCAUCUGCAGAAGCCCAGAGCAGUAUCUCUUUUUCUGGUGUGGGCUGUUGUUCUAUUUGGAUGUCCAGUGA